AAAAAUCUUCUCGUUACUUCUUUCCUUUUUUUUUUUUGCUUUUCUUUUCUCCCCCGACAUUGUUGCUUUUCCUCUGUUCGGUCGGGGUUUACAACAUCACCCCCCGGAACGGUGGAAUUUAGCCGAAAGAAAGAAAAAAAUGGGAAUUCUCAACGACGACGCCGUUUUAGUCGAACCUGGAAAAAUCUCCGGAGAUCCCACCAUCGUUACCGUCAAUUGUCCUGAUGAAUCCGGUUUAGGUUCUACUCUCUGUAGAAUCAUCCUCGAAUUUGGUCUCUCCAUUACCCGUGCAGAUUUUUCAACAGAUGGGAGAUGGUGUUAUAUAGUGUUUUGGGUAACUCCAGAUAAUAAUAACAGCUCUCCUAAGAUUGAUUGGGAAAGCUUAAAGAAUCGUCUUUUAUCUGCUUGUCCUUCUUGCUUAGGCUCUUUCUACUUCUCUCUUCAAUCCAAUGUCUCUAUCCCUCCUCCUCCUUCCCUUUACCUUCUCAAGUUCUUUUGCCGUGACCGGAAAGGCUUGCUUCAUGAUGUUACUAAAGUUCUGACAGAGUUAGAGUUUACGAUUCAAAGAGUUAAAGUCAUGACUACACCUGAUGGAAGAGUUCUUGAUAUGUUUUUCAUCACCGACGCAAUAGGGAUCUCCUGCAUACGAAACAGAGGCAAACUGAAACGUGUGAUCAUCUAACGGCUGUGCUUGGUGAGCAUGGUGUGAGCUGUGAGCUUGAACUAGCUGGACCCGAGUUAGAAAGUUUGCAACGCUUCUCUUCACUUCCACCUUUGGCUGCUGAUGAGCUCUUUGGGCCAGAUGGGUCUGAUAUUAGCAGCUCUAGCUCCAACAAAGCGGUUCUUACUGUUGAUGAUCACUUGAGCCCUGCGCAUACCUUGCUUCAGAUUCGUUGUGUUGAUCAAAAGGGGCUUUUCUAUGAUAUCCUCAGGACUUCUAAAGACUGCGAUGUCCACAUUGCAUACGGUAGAUUCUCCUCAAAGGUGAAAGGCUACAGGAAUUUGGACUUGUUUGUUCGAGGUACAGACGGGAAGAAGAUAUCGGACCCAAAACAUCAAGCCAACUUCUGUGCUCGGCUUAAGGAGGAAAUGGUGUGUCCUUUGCGAGUGAUCAUCGUGAACCGAGGACCAGAUUCUGAGCUGUUAGUAGCUAACCCUGUGGAGCUAUCUGGCAAAGGAAGACCACGAGUUUUCUACGAUGUCACACUCGCGUUGAAAUCACUAGGAGUCUGCAUUUUCUCGGCUGAGAUUGGGAGGCAUUCGACUUUAGACAGACAAUGGGAAGUUUAUAGAUUUCUUUUGGAUGAGAGUCGUGAGUUACCGUUGGCUAGUCUCCGUGCAAGGAAUCAGAUAGUGGAUAGAGUCACAAAGACACUUAUGGGUUGGUGAAAGUGAAUCUCAAUGAGAGAGGGAGAAGAGAGAGCUUUAAUGAACAUUAUUCUACUCGAGGGGCCAAAGAAAGCGAGUCUUCGCCUGCGGCUUCAGGGGUCAGAUGAAGAGAUUGUGAUACGGAGUUUGAUUGCUUUUGUGUGGAGCUAAUCUUGUUGUAAAGAUUUGGAAAAUUGUAAAAGGAUAAUAGCGCAAUUGCAAUGAAUUCAAUGCUUGUAAACUCAGUUUGCAAAGGUAAAUCUGAAUAGUAAACAUGCACAUUAGGAAAUAAUAUGGUAAUUAGACAAUUCGUAUC